AUGAACAUACUGGACUUCCACCCCGGAAGUUCUCGUGUCACGUUUUUCCCAGCUUGCUUGUGCUAGUUUUUAGCAAACACGACUUGUGCUGACAGCACGAGCACAGAAGCCAAUUCGUCUUCUCCAGUCUUGUGACUCAUCGACACGCUUGCACCUUCGCCGAACCAUACCAUGGCCCAGUACGAACAAGUGAACGUGCGCGGCUACAGCGAAUUCUGCAAGGCUGUGGCAGACAGGCCGGGCAAGGACAUUUUUGCGUACUUCUGUGGCGACAAAGAUGAGCAGGGCAAGAGCUGGUGUCCAGACUGUGUCAGAGCUGAGCCAAUAUUAAAAGGAGCAAUGGGCGUCCUCCCCCUGGGCGCUGUCUUCAUCUACUGUCAAGUUGGUGAAAGGAACGAUUGGAGGGACGCAAGCAACGAGUUCAGGACAACUCUGAAGCUGACUGGUGUGCCAACCCUGCUGCGAUACGGCACCGUAAGAACACACACAGGCACACGCGACAAGAAUAUACACUGUAGUCCCGUCUUGUGUAUUUGUGAUGUUUCAGCCUCAAAAGCUGGUGGAGGAGGAAUGCUUCAAAGAGGAUCUGGUGAGGAUGAUGUUCACAGAAGACUGAGAGAGACAACAUGUGCCUUUAACCACACUCAAAAUAAAUCCCCAAACACAAUAAAGCGCUUCUUCAUUACGCUCAAUCAACUAUACGCCCAAUGGCGGCACGGUGGCCGACUGGUUAGAGCGUCAGCCUCACAGUUCUGAGGUGCGGGCUUCAAUCCCCGUCCCCGCCUGUGUGGAGUUUGCAUGUUCUCCCCGUGCCUGCGUGGGUUUUCUCCGGGCACUCCGGUUUCCUCCCACAUCCCAAAAACAUGCAUUAAUUGGUGACUCUAAAUUGCCCGUAGGCAUGACUGUGAGUGCGAAUGGUUGUUUGUUUCUAUGUGCCCUGCGAUUGGCUGGCAACCAGUUCAGGGUGUACCCCGCCUCCUGCCCGAUGACAGCUGGGAUAGGCUCCAGCACGCCCGCGACCCUAGUGAGGAGAAGCGGCUCAGAAAAUGGAUGGAUGGAACUAUACGCCCAUCUCAUAUCAAAAUACAAGCACUUUGUGAAGAUGUAAUGCUUUUUUUUUUUUUAUAAUCAUCUGUGUUUGUCUUGUUGUCACAGUCAAUAAAGUUAUGCUUGUUGCA